AUGCGAAAUAUUAACGAUUACUACAAAAUUGAUAAAAACAACAUUCUAGGAUAAGGACAAUAUGGAGAGGUUUAUGUCUGUUAAAAAUUAGAAAAUGAUUAUGAUUAUUAGAAAUAUUGUGUAAAGAUUAUACCACUUUUAUCUCAAGAUAUUUAAGAUGAGGAAAUGAUUAGCGAGAUACUGAAGAAUUACAAUUCAAGUAAUUUUUAAACUGGCCCUAAAUGUAUUAAUAUUGUGUAGACAUUUGAUAUUUUUAAGGAUGAAAUAUCUUUAUAUAUUGUAAUGGAAUAAUGUGAUGAAGAUUUGUAUUCUGAAUUUGAAAGAAUGAAAUCAUUUAAUGUAUGGUAUUCUGAAUAAGAAGUAUUUGAAUUAAUCAGACAAAUUAUCAGUAGCAUGAAAUUUCUUUAUAAUUAAAAAAUUAUACAUAGAGAUAUAAAGCCUGAAAAUAUAUUGAUUAAGAAGGAUACUCAAAAUAAAAUAUAUAAAUUAGGAGACUUUGGAGUGGGCAAGCUUAUCGAGGAUAUGUUAAAUAAAUCUGUGAUAACAAAAACGGGGUCUUUGAAUUAUGCUGCACCUCAGAUGAUCUUUAAUUAAGAUUGCAAAUCAAAAUGUGAUAUCUUUUCCUAUGGGGUUCUGUUUUACAAUAUUUGCUAUAAAGGGGAAUUUCCUUAUCCUUGUAAUUCGAUACAAAAUCUAUUGAAAAGCCUAAAACAGCUUAAAAGCAAGCGAUUUAAGGCUCCGGAUCUUGAUUUCCAUAGAGGUGGUAUAUUAAAGGAUCUACUUGAGAAGAUGAUUGUCUAUGAUGAGGCUGAAAGAACUUCAUACGAUGAAAUAUUUUAACAUCAAAUAAUGACUUAGACAGGAAUGGAAGAAACAGUUAACUUUUUAUUUUAAUCUGAAUAACUCUGUUAAGAUUUUGACAAAAAAGAAUCCUAGGAUAAGAAAUUAAAUGAAAUUCUAAUGUUAGAUUUGUAAAUAAACAAAACAUUAUUGGAAGUGUUAUUCAACAGAUUUAAGAUCUGCUAUUGUUUUUUUAAGGAAAUAGAGAGUAAUUCACAACUUACCUUUUUAUGUUAUAUUAUCCAAUUGAUAGCAAAAUAUUAAUUAGAUUAUGCGCUUGCCUUUGUCUAUAUAAGACCUUUAGAAUUACAUCCACGAAUUAAAUAAUAUAAUGAUAUUCCAGAAUUAGUGCAAAAAUAACGAUAAUUAAAAUAGUUCCUUUUAGAUUAUAAAGGGGAACUAGCUCAGGAAGUUUUAAGUCUUCGGUAAGAGAUUCAGGUUGCAUUUCAUAAAUUAAGAACUGAUUUAUUUCAUUAAGAAAACAAAAUGAAAUAAUCUACUCAAGAAUUAUCGUGGUAAGAAUUGGAUAUUAUUAAAAAUUCAGCCACUAGCAGAAUUGAAAUAUCCAUAUUACAAGAUCAAUUAAGAAAUAUGGGAAAUCAAUCCAUAUUGCAAGAUUAAUUUAGUAAUAUCCAAAAUCUGUAAUCUGAAAAAAAAGACAUUAGUUUAAAGGAACAUUUAAAUUUAAUUAUUAAUUUAGAAACCAAGUUUUCAAUUGACCUCUACAAGGACAAUACUGAUUUAAACGAAAAAUUUCCCAUUCACAUUUUAUAAUAAUAUAAUAAAUAUUUUGUAUGA